CUGCUGUGAAAGUUGUAUCUGUUGUGUCUACUGGGUUUUGAUUCUCUUCAUCUGUUUCUCGUCGAGCAAACACAAGCCUAUCGUAUGUCAGCUAUCCAGAACCUCCAGCCUUUCGACCCAUUUGUUAAUGCCAGUACCGGUGCCCUCUGGCUCCCAUCUGGGGCGGAAGAUUCGGUCCAUAUAAGGAUCCAGCAGAGGAACGGCAGGAAGACUCUCACUACUGUACAGGGCAUAGCGGAUGCCUAUGAUAAGAAGAAACUCGUCAAGGCUUUUAAAAAGAAAUUUGCCUGUAAUGGUACCGUGGUUGAUCAUCCAGAAUAUGGAGAGGUGAUUCAGCUGCAGGGAGAUCAGAGGAAAAACGCCUGUCAGUUUCUAAUGGAGGUUGGAUUGGCUAAAGAAGACCAGUUGAAGGUUCAUGGGUUUUAAUCAUCAUUGAGUAUCUGGAAUUUCACUUUAGUCCCUAGUUUAGUGUGUCGUUUCUUCCAACUUCCCUUGUCACAAGUUUAUACACAGACCAGAGUGUAACAUGUUGUCUGUAUUGUGAGGGUGAUUGUGUACAAAAAGUGUUUUUAUUUAUAAGACUGACCAUGUCUGCACAAGUCUCUGGCCUUCCAGCUGUGAUGCUUCUCCACUGCUGCAGUAAUGGAUCCUCUAGUGUAACGAAACAUGACUUUUAUACACACCAGACUGGGGAGCUGACAUGAGCCUGAAGUCCUGCUGCUUAUGAUGGAAACAGUAAGAGAGACACUUGGGUCGUGUUGGCCGAGUGCUCCACAAAGCUGAAGGUGGAGUCUGGUUGCAACUGUCAGUCCACAGUGACGUCCGGUAUGAAGUUCGUCUGUUCAUUAUUAAACUUGUGACAAGGGAACUGUUGGUUUAGUAACUUCGUUUGUAAGGUGAAAAAACCCAACUCCGUUUUAGUGCACUGUUUAAAGAGAAACAACUUUAACAUUUUAACCUGUUCAUUGUAACAAUGUUCAUUAAAUAGUUUUACUUGUG